GACCCGCCGCCUCUACGCCUUUCAGUAUCCGGAAGACCGGAAGCUUCUUCCUCCUCGCCUCUGACAUGGCCGGCGGCAACCUAUUCGGUCGAGCGCUGAGCUACGUUGUCAACGAGUUCUUCGUCCAGGGCCUCGCCAACAACCGUGCAGUCCAGAGGUUUGCUGUGAAGACCAACAAGACUCUUGAGAGCCUAUCGUCUAAAGCCAAGGAAAUGAGGGAGGAGUUAUCGGAACAAUUCAAGGAUGCUCGUGGCCAGAAAGAUCACUUCAAGCAGUGAAGCCGAUCCCCAAAGUUGAUUCAACGACACGAAUCUAGCUAUGAGUUUUUUCUAGUUCUCGUCCGGGUCCUAUUUAUGAAUGGCAUUUGAAGGGAUUUCUUGGUGUCGUUCAAUGGACGGAUCCGUUGUAUAAAGUUUAUCUGCACUUAGAUUAGUAGAUAUAUUGGUAGACACAUCACUUUCUGCUGCCCCUUUUUCAUAAAUACAUAUAUCUCGAUCUCUACUGUA